GUGACACGAAAUGGUAGUUUCACCUCUAAUUCAGGUGCAAUGUCGGAUAUUUCAACUGCACAUCAACGGUCAUACUAAUUUGAGGAAUAAAGCAAAGCAACUAAAUAAUUAGUUAAUCACUAGUUGUCUUUGUUGUACGUAAACACGGACUUUUCCCAGAACUUAGCAUUUUUGCUGCAGUCGUGCAGCUCAAGGAGGGAAUUUCGUCAUGGACGCUAGCAACAAUGGAGAAUCUGCCGAUCAGGUGGGAAUAAGGGUGGAUAAUCCGGAGAAUCCCCACGAUCACACGGAUGCCCUGGGUUCCGCAGGAUCAGGAGGAGCGGGGAGCAGCGUACUGGUCGCAGGAGCCUCGCAUUCCUUUGGCACCGGAGCCAUCGGGCAGCUGGCAAACGGGUACAGCUCACCCUCGUCGAGCUACCGCAAGAAUGUGGCCAAAAUGGUCACCGAUCGACAUGCAGCCGAGUACAAUAUGCGCCACAAGAAUCGCGGAAUGGCCCUGAUCUUCAAUCAUGAGCACUUCGAGGUGCCCACUUUGAAAUCACGAGCGGGAACCAACGUGGACUGCGAGAAUCUCACCCGGGUGCUCAAGCAGCUUGACUUCGAGGUUACGGUGUACAAGGACUGCCGCUACAAGGACAUCGUGCGAACAAUUGAGUAUGCAUCCUCGCAAAAUCACUCAGACAGCGAUUGCAUCCUGGUGGCCAUUUUGUCGCACGGCGAGAUGGGCUAUAUCUACGCCAAGGACACUCAAUACAAGCUGGACAACAUCUGGAGCUUCUUCACGGCCAAUCAUUGUCCCUCUCUGGCCGGCAAGCCCAAGCUGUUUUUCAUCCAGGCCUGUCAGGGAGAUCGAUUGGACGGUGGAGUAACCAUGCAGCGUGGCCAGACGGAGACGGAUGGCGACUCUUCUAUGAGCUACAAGAUACCCGUGCACGCUGACUUUCUAAUUGCCUACUCCACCGUUCCUGGAUUCUAUUCGUGGCGCAACACGACCCGGGGCAGCUGGUUCAUGCAGAGUCUGUGCGCAGAAUUGGCAGCCAAUGGCAAACGGCUGGACAUCCUGACCCUGCUCACAUUUGUGUGCCAACGAGUGGCCGUCGACUUCGAGUCCUGCACCCCGGACACGCCUGAGAUGCACCAGCAGAAGCAGAUCCCCUGCAUCACCACAAUGCUUACGCGCAUUCUGCAUUUCCGCGACAAACAGUCGGUUGCAGCUGGACGGGUUUGAUGACUAUUGGAAUGGAUUGGGCGCUGGCUUUGGCGCGGUGUGUGAUAAUCGAGGAAAGGGGUACGAGAGAAAUCCAAGUCGCAAUUAUGAUAAAACUUUAUUGGCUAUCGGCCAUAGCUGCAUAUUUUUAUAAAACCAAUUUUUCACCGUGGCCAAAAGCUUUGCGAGAUUGGAAGCUAUAUACUACGGAGUCUUAUCUACUGGCCGUUUUUUUUUAUUUAAGCACAAUGUAUUUUUCAAUUGGCAAUUAUUAUUGCCGCGUUUGCCAGUCUAAUUUAUAGUAGGGUGGGUGUAUUUAUAUAAAUAAGAAUUCAAAGAGGCAUCUAAAAUUUUGCCAUAUUCAGAAUUGAGCUAUUAGUAUUUAGGCCAAAAAUUAAAAAAAAAUAUUAAUUUGACUUGCCUACUUAAAAAACGAUCUCGAAAUUCAAAAUUGUUAUUUGAAUCUAUUCUAAGAACAAAUUACUUGCAUUUACUCAACCAAUUCAUUUUGCCUCCUCAGUUAAUCAGGAAAGUCAACCCACCCUAAUCUUUAUCUACUUCAGACCGGGUAAAUCGGUCUUUUUUAAAAUGUGUACACAAAAAUAUCUUUAAAUAUUAAGCAUGUGUGUCAUGAUCGUCCAUAACAAAAACAAACAUUUUUAGCCUGUAGUUGAGAAUUUUAUGAACAACAUGUACUAUCUAUACCAUUUUUACUCUUAUAUAAUACACAUUAGCAAAUGUUUUCCUUUCAAGUUUUCAGCUAAUAAAAACGAUCGAAAACAAUGGAAAAUCAAUGA